GUCCUUUGUUUGCCUCUCUGCCUCCUCCUCCUCCUCCUUCUGCUUCUUCUUCAAUCAGAUGCAAAAUAUUCUUGCUUCAAUAUUUGUUUGACUAGAGAGAAAAGGAGAGAAGAGAAAGGAGCGGGAUCAAGAGAGAGAUAAAGUGAAAGAAAAAGGAAAAUGAGAGAGGUGAUAAGUAUACACAUAGGACAAGCAGGAAUUCAGGUUGGGAAUUCUUGCUGGGAACUUUACUGCCUUGAACAUGGAAUUCAACCUGAUGGAUUGAUGUCUAGUGACACCUCGAUAGGUUCUGAACAUGAUUCCUUCAAUACCUUCUUCAGCGAGACUGGCUCUGGAAAGCAUGUCCCAAGAGCUAUAUUCGUUGAUCUAGAGCCCACAGUCAUUGAUGAAGUUAGAACUGGAACAUACAGGCAACUUUUUCACCCUGAGCAACUUAUUUCUGGCAAGGAAGAUGCUGCUAAUAACUUUGCCAGAGGACACUAUACAGUGGGGAGGGAAAUUGUUGAUCUAUGCCUUGACCGUGUGAGAAAGCUGGCAGACAAUUGCACUGGUUUGCAAGGAUUUUUGGUAUUUAAUGCUGUUGGUGGUGGUACUGGUUCUGGCUUGGGCUCACUACUUUUGGAACGCCUAUCAGUAGACUAUGGAAAGAAGUCAAAACUUGGCUUCACCAUCUUUCCUUCUCCUCAGGUUUCUACUGCUGUUGUCGAACCUUACAAUAGUGUGCUUUCCACACAUUCUCUCCUUGAGCAUACAGAUGUUGCUGUCCUACUGGACAAUGAAGCUAUAUAUGAUAUCUGCAGGAAAUCAUUAGACAUUGAAAGACCAACUUAUACCAACUUGAACCGCUUAAUAUCCCAAAUUAUCUCUUCUUUGACCACUUCCUUGCGAUUUGAUGGUGCCAUUAAUGUGGAUGUUACUGAGUUUCAAACUAACCUCGUGCCAUAUCCUCGAAUCCAUUUUAUGCUCUCUUCUUAUGCCCCAGUAAUAUCAGCUGCGAAGGCUUUCCAUGAACAGCUAUCAGUUCCUGAGAUCACAAGUGCUGUGUUUGAGCCAUCAAGCAUGAUGGCCAAAUGCGACCCGAGGCAUGGGAAGUAUAUGGCUUGUUGCCUAAUGUAUCGUGGAGAUGUUGUGCCAAAGGAUGUUAAUGCUGCUGUUGCCACCAUUAAGACAAAGAGGACAGUUCAAUUUGUUGACUGGUGCCCAACUGGUUUCAAGUGCGGUAUCAACUACCAGCCACCGACAGUAGUACCUGGAGGUGAUCUUGCUAAGGUGCAGCGUGCAGUUUGUAUGAUAAGCAACAAUACAGCUGUAGCUGAGGUUUUCUCCAGAAUUGACCACAAAUUUGAUCUCAUGUAUGCCAAGCGAGCAUUUGUGCACUGGUAUGUUGGGGAAGGCAUGGAGGAAGGUGAAUUUUCAGAAGCUCGUGAAGAUCUUGCUGCUCUUGAGAAAGACUACGAGGAAGUUGGCGCUGAAGGCGCUGAAGAUGAAGAUGAAGGAGAAGAUUAUUGAAGAUGAAAUAAUCUGUUCCGAGGCAUCAGCAGCUGUAUGUCUAUCUUGUCCUAUCUUUUGUUUGUUUCUUUGUCUUGAAGAAUUUUAUCUGCGUCAUGCAGCUCUGACCCGUCUCCCCAUUGUGUUUUGGCUUUGUAUCUAAUGAUGUUUUUGGAAUAUUUUUGUAUCAUUUAAUCUUCUGAAAUGAGGCAUCCGAAUGCCAGUAAGAUCCCUCCCUCUUAUUGAA